AUGACUAGACCCCCCUCGCACGCUGUCAGUGAUGACUGGUCAACAUAUCUCAAGCUAAUGAGGCUACACAAGUUCCCUGCAGGAAGUAUACUUGUGUUUUGGCCGUGUGCAUGGGGAGUCACUAUGAGUGCAUCUAUCACGCAUAUGAAACCAUCCCAGGUCGCCACUCAGCUUGUGCUGUAUUUCAUUGGUAGCACCAUUCGUCACAACGCCGCGUGUAUAUGGAAUGACAUAUGCGAUCGUGAAUUCGAUCGUGAAGUCGAACGCUGCAAAACGCGGCCUCUUGCUGCCGGGACGGUCUCCAUGACGGGGGCGGUAACCCUGCUGAUAUCACAGCUUGCGCUUGGAAUAGGCCUGUUGUUAUAUGCUGGGCCCGCUGCGACGCGAAUGGGUUUGAUUGGGCUGGUAUUCCUUGACAUGCCCUACCCUCUUAUGAAGCGUUGGACUUCUUGGCCGCAGGCAUUUCUCGGUCUUGCCAUGACUUGGGGACUUCCUGUUUCGUGGGUUUCCAUCGUUGGUCAGAUAGACUGGGACGUGAUUCCAAUUCUUUUCCUCGGAAGCGUCAGUUGGUCUAUAUACUAUGACACAAUAUACGCCUGUCAGGACCGACGCGAUGAUAUCAAAGCGGGUGUUAAGUCCACCGCAGUCUUGUUCGGAGACUAUGUCCGGCCGAUUCUAUCCUGCUUCGCCAUGCUCUUCGUUGCCAGCCUCGCCUUCGCCGGACUGCAGAACUCUCAGGGCCCGUUGUACUUCAUGAUCACUGUCUUUGGCACCGCAGUUCACCUAGCAUGGCAACUGGUAACAAUUGACUUCGAUGUGGGCUCACAGUGCUGGAAGAUGUUCAACGCGAAUGGUGAUCUCGGCUAUAUCAUAUGGGGAGGGAUGCUGGCGGAUUAUCUGCAUAGGAGCGCAGCAGUCAUGCAGUGA